UGACUUUCAAACUCAACCUAAACCUAACCUUUUUAAACCUCAACCUGUGACAACUAGCCCCGGUGCGCGCUGAGAGGCAGGGAGGCGCGGGGCAGUGCGUGCGCGCGCGCGCGCGUGUGUGUGUGUGUGUGUGUGUGUGUGUGAGUGUGUGUCGGCGGAGCAGGAGCGAGUCCUGGAUGCUCCGCUGCUGCUCGUGGCUGCGGGUGCGAGCGCUUCUUCUUCAUCCUCCUCCUCCUCUUCCUCAUCAGUCUCGUGAAGUUCUGCGGUUCUGUUCGGUUCUCGGAGGAAUGGCACUGAAGAAGAGCGCUGGAUCAUGACGCGCGCGCUCACCGUCAUCGUUUGCAUCUCCACCCUCAUCAGAUGUGGGCUCUGUGCAGAUUCAGAGGAGCGUCUGAUGAACUGGCUGCUGGGUAAAGAGCGUUAUAACAAGCUGAUCCGGCCGGCGGUGAACCGGACCGAGAGAGUGACCGUUCUCCUGCAGGUUUCUCUGGCGCAGCUCAUCAGUGUGAAUGAGAGAGAGCAGAUCAUGACCACGAACGUCUGGCUCACUCAGAACUGGAACGAUUAUCGUCUGUCGUGGGACCCGGCGGAGUACGAGGGAAUCGACAAGCUCCGGAUCCCCUCCAGACACAUCUGGCUGCCUGAUAUAGUGCUGUACAACAAUGCGGAUGGCACGUACGAAGUGACGGUCUUCACCAACGCCAUUGUCCUGUUCAACGGCAGCAUCGCCUGGCUCCCUCCGGCCAUCUACAAGAGCGCCUGCAAGAUCGAGGUCAAGCACUUCCCCUUCGACCAGCAGAACUGCACGCUCAAGUUCCGCUCCUGGACCUACGACCACACCGAGAUCGACCUGCUGCUGAAGUCCGAGGCGGCCAGCAUGGAUGACUUCACCCCCAGUGGCGAGUGGGACAUCCUGGCUCUGCCGGGCCGGAGGACGGUCAGCGCUCUGGACCCCACCUACGUGGAUCUGACCUACGACUUCAUCAUCAAGCGCAAGCCUCUCUUCUACACCAUCAACCUGAUCAUCCCCUGCGUGCUCAUCACGUCUCUGGCCAUCCUGGUCUUCUACCUGCCUUCGGACUGCGGUGAGAAGAUGACGCUGUGCAUCUCCGUCCUGCUGGCGCUGACCGUCUUCCUCCUGCUGAUCUCUAAGAUCGUGCCGCCCACGUCGCUGGACGUUCCCUUGAUCGGGAAGUACCUGAUGUUCACCAUGGUGCUGGUGACCUUCUCCAUCAUCACCAGCGUUUGUGUGCUGAACGUGCACCAUCGCUCGCCGAGCACUCACAGCAUGCCGGACUGGGUCAAGCUGGUGUUCCUGGUCAGGCUCCCGGCGCUGCUCUUCAUGCAGAGACCUCGGGGAAACUCGGCCCGUCGCCGUCUGAGGGAGCCCGGAUCUUCUCUGCUGGGCUUCUCCGAUCCUCGCAAAUCUGGCAUAUCGUCGUCGGCCUCUGCGCUUCUGGCCGCUACCUCGGCGCUCUCGUCACCGGGGCACUAUUACAGCCGAGGGCCUCAGGUCCAGAGAGGAGAUCUGCGGUCCGCUGGAUUCCUGCCCGAUGGACACAGCUCCGCACAGGACCUGAGAGGGAGCAGGCCGGCUCCAGACUGGCCAGCGGAGAUCCUGGAGGCCGUGGACGGAGUUCGCUAUGUAGCGGAUCACAUGAUGGGAAACGACAACGAUCAAAGCGUGAUCGAGGACUGGAAGUACGUGGCCAUGGUGGUGGACCGUCUGUUUCUGUGGAUCUUUGUGAUCGUGUGUGUUGUAGGAACCCUGGGUCUGUUCCUUCAGCCGCUGUUCCAGAGCCAGACCAGCGCCGUCCAGCAGCCCAGCUCCGAGCCGGCCAGACGAGACGGCAUGUGAUAUAUAUAUAUAUAUACUGUAUGUACAGCGGUGGCCAAAACGAACAGAACAUUGAUAUUUCCAACAGCUAAAAGUCGGUUCUUUCCAUCCUCUGCUGUAGCGUGUCAGUAGGAAAUAUGAGCUUACAUCAUUUUGCCAUUAAUCCAGUAAUGUUGUUGCGCUACACGUAACAUCUGAUCUGGUCAUCAUUCAGUCUGUCUGGAACGACAUGAAGAAACCGAACGAACCGAGACAGACUCAAUCCAGAAGAACUUUAAGAAAGCUACGUGCAAAGCUACAGCGCUGUUAUAAGAUUUAAGAGGAUGCUGUCAAAAAUGAAUGAAAUGAAAUCAACAUUUGUGUAGAAUUAGAUAGGAUAGAAUUAACUGACCCUUUUUAGCUGCUGGAAAUACCAGUGUUCUAAUCAUUUUGGCCACCGCUGUGUAUUCAUGUAUAUAACUCAAAGACGUGAAGCCGACCACUGAAUCUCAGUGACGCAGUCGUCGUGCCGUUAUUGUACUAUAAUGUCACUGCAGAGCAUUUUCUCCACAUCGGCAGUCAUUUGACCUGGAAUAUGACUGCAAAGUUCUUCAAGCUCAAGUUGAACCAAAUGGAACUCCUGAAUGUAUGAUUGUUCCCAAACAGGUUUCACUCCACUUGUCUGCCAUUGGUCAGAAACAACAGUUAACCCGCCCACCAACUCUUAUUAUUGGUUGAGCCACUGUAAACCACUUUUUUCACUUUUCAGGGAAAUAAAGCUACGAAUGGCU